AUGGAGUUGACGGAAGAGCAAAAGUGUUUUCUGGCCGAAUGCGAAGAAGAGUUUUCCCAGCGCUACACAGAGAACGACGCCGAAUUCAUGAAGCUGAAGAAUAAACCAUUAUCUAAUCCGCCUAUAGUGGAUCCGUGGGGUAACAAUUUCAAUCGCAAUCAACAGAGGGGAGAGAUGGACCGGGGAGGUGGAUACAGGGGACAGCGCCGUCCUUACGGUCGGCGUCAAAGAGAUUAUCGUGACUCUUAUUCCCGUCAUGACUCACGACAAACGAGAGAUAGACAUUACGAUGACCGAAGUCAUCAUCGAGAUCGAUCGUACGAAGACCGCGGGCAGGACAGGACGGGACAAAAUCGUGGUAACGUUCAUCAUGACAGAGAAGACGGGCACCACCAACCUCGUUAUCAUCCCUACUAA